AUGGUUGAGAGUGUGGUGGUUGAGAGUGUGGUGGUUGAGAGUGUGGUGGUUGAGACUGCGGUGGUUGAGAGUGUGGUGGUUGUGGUGGUUGAGAGAGUGGUGGUUGUGGUGAGUGCGGUGGUUGAGAGUGUGGUGGUUGAGAGUGUGGUGGUUGAGAGUGUGGUGGUUGAGAGUGCGGUGGUUGGUGUGGUGGUUGAGUGUGCGGUGGUUGAGAGUGUGGUGGGUGUGAGAGUGUGGUGGUUGAGAGUGUGGUGGUUGAGAAGUGCGGUGGUUGAGAGUGUGGUGGUUGAGAGUGCGGUGGUUGUGGUGGUUGAGAGUGUGGUGGUUGAGAGUGCGGUGGUUGAGAGUGCGGUCGUUGUGGUGAGUGCGGUCGUUGUGGUGGUUGAGAGUGCGGUGGUUGAGUGCGGUGUUGUGGUGGUUGAGGUGGUGUGUGGUGGUUGGAGUGUGGUGGUUGAGAGUGUGGUGGUUGUGGUGGUUGAGAGUGUGGUGGUUGAGAGUGCGGUGGUUGAGAGUGCGGUGGUUGAGAGUGCGGUGGUUGAGAGUGCGGUGGUUGAGAGUGUGGUGGUUGUGGUGGUUGAGAGUGUGGUGGUUGUGGUGGUUGAGAGUGUGGUGGUUGAGAGUGCGGUGGUUGAGAGUGCGGUGGUUGAGAGUGCGGUGGUUGAGAGAAGUGUGGUGGUUGAGAGUGUGGUGGUUGUGGUGGUUGAGAGUGUGGUGGUUGAGAGUGUGGUGGUUGAGAGUGUGGUGGUUGUGGUGGUUGAGAGUGUGGUGGUUGAGACUGCGGUGGUUGAGAGUGUGGUGGUUGUGGUGGUUGAGAGUGUGGUGGUUGAGAGUGUGAGUGUGGUGGUUGUGGUGGUUGAGAGUGCGGUGGUUGAGAGUGUGGUGGUUGUGGUGGUUGAGAGUGCGGUGGUUGAGAGUGUGGUGGUUGAGAGUGUGGUGGUUGAGAGUGUGGUGGUUGAGAGUGUGGUGAGUGUGGUGGUUGAGAGUGUGGUGGUUGAGAGUGUGGUGGUUGAGAGUGUGGUGGUUGAGAGUGUGGUGGUUGAGAGUGCGGUGGUUGAGAGUGCGGUGGUUGAGAGUGCGGUGGUUGAGAGUGCGGUGGUUGAGAGUGCGGUGGUUGAGAGUGCGGUGGUUGAGAGUGUUGUGGUGGUUGAGAGUGUGGUGGUUGUGGUGGUUGAGAGUGCGGUGGUUGAGAGUGUGGUGGUUGAGAGUGCGGUGGUUGUGGUGGUUGAGAGUGUGGUGGUUGAGAGUGCGGUGGUUGAGAGUGCGGUGGUUGUGGUGGUUGUGGUGGUUGGGAGUGUGGUGGUUGAGAGUGUGGUGGUUGUGGUGGUUGAGAGUGUGGUGGUUGAGAGUGCGGUGGUUGAGAGUGCGGUGGUUGAGAGUGCGGUGGUUGAGAGUGCGGUGGUUGAGAGUGUGGUGGUUGUGGUGGUUGAGAGUGUGGUGGUUGUGGUGGUUGAGAGUGCGGUGGUUGAGAGUGCGGUGGUUGAGAGUGCGGUGGUUGUGGUGGUUGAGAGUGUGGUGGUUGAGAGUGCGGUGGUUGUGGUGGUUGAGAGUGCGGUGGUUGUGGUGGUUGGGAGUGUGGUGGUUGAGAGUGUGGUGGUUGUGAGUGUGGUGGUUGAGAGUGCGGUGGUUGAGAGUGCGGUGGUUGAGAGUGCGGUGGUUGAGAGAGUGGUGGUUGUGGUGGUUGAGAGUGUGGUGGUUGAGAGUGUGGUGGUUGUGGUGGUUGAGAGUGCGGUGGUUGAGAGUGCGGUGGUUGAGAGUCUGGUGGUUGUGGUGGUUGAGAGUGUGGUGGUUGAGAGUGCGGUGGUUGAGAGUCUGGUGGUUGUGGUGGUUGAGAGUGUGGUGGUUGAGAGUGUGGUGGUUGAGAGUGUGGUGGUUGAGAGUGUGGUGGUUGAGAGUGUGGUGGUUGAGAGUGUGGUGGUUGAGAGUGUGGUGGUUGUGGUGGUUGAGAGUGCGGUGGUUGUGGUGGUUGAGGUGGUUGAGAGUGUUACAGGUUGA